GCUACGGGAGAGAGAGAGCGAGAGUGAGAGAGAGAGGCAGAGGAGGACCUGGGACGCGAAGUCUCGCAGGCAACGCAGAGCCACACGGCCGGAGUGAGAGCGAAUGCGGGCUGGAGUGCGUGUGUCUGAGAGGAGUGAUUGUAGUGGAGAGGACGCGCGAGCAAGGAGCAGUACGGUUGACGGUCCGAUAGUGCGCUGUAUCCAGGCAACCGGCCCUCGGACGGCUCGCGCUCACCCGAGUCAGCCGAGCCACCGCCGUGCUAAACCCGCUAUUUACGGCGCAUCAUUCUGUGAACCAGAAGCGAGGAUUUCUCGCUUUGCAGCGGAGCUGCCGGUGGAAGUCCGCUUGUUUUCGAGGGACGUCGCUUUGCCGUAGAGAGUAAAUAUAGAAUGGUGUGUGAUACAAUGAGACAGUGAGAGGAUACAUUUUUCUUCUGUCUUUACCCACCGGGGAUUGGAUAUAUCUGUUAAUUUACUUCGUCAGCAUGGGAAAGGAGCAAGAACUACUGGAAGCGGCGCGGACCGGGAACGUAACCCUAGUGGAAAAAUUACUGAGUGGCAAAAAAGGAUUGCUGGGCACCGCAUCUGGAUCUAUACCGCUGCCGAGUUUACUGAGCAUCUGGCGAGGACUGAACGUGAACUGCGCUGACAGCUCGGGGUACACGCCCCUACACCAUGCCUCACUCAACGGACACCGGGACGUGGUGCUGAAGCUGCUCCAGUUCGAGGCCUCCACCAAUGUGGCUGACAGCAAGGGCUGCUUCCCGCUGCACUUGGCCGCCUGGAAGGGUGACGUGGAGAUCGUGCGCAUCCUCAUCCGCCAUGGUCCCUCCCACUGCAGGGUCAAUGAGCAGAACCACGAGAACGAGACGGCACUGCACUGCGCGGCCCAGUACGGGCACUCGGAGGUGGUGCGGGUGCUGCUGGAGGAACUGACGGACCCCACGAUGCGCAACAACCACAGCGAGACGGCGCUGGACCUGGCGGCGCUCUACGGGCGCCUGCAGGUGGUGCGCAUGCUGGUGCGGGCCCACCCCCACCUGAUGUGCUGCGGUCGCGGCGGCCUGCACACACCCCUGCACCUGGCCGCCCGCAACGGCCACCGCGCCGUGGCACUGGUGCUGCUGGAGGCCGGCAUGGACGUCAAUGCCAGGACUGAGAAAGGCAGUGCCCUCCAUGAAGCAGCCCUCUUUGGGAAGAUGGACGUGGUUCGCCUGCUCCUGGACGCAGGGAUUGACGCCAAUAUCCGGGACAGUCAUGGCCGGACAGCGCUGGAAAUCCUGCGGGAGCACCCAGCCCCGAAGUCUCAGCAAAUCACAGCACUCAUUCAAGAGUACAUGGAUGUGGAGAUGGACGGUAAGAGUGCCCAGGAUGAGCCCAUCCGACACUGUCCCAUUCCCACCCCCCGCACCUCUAUGUCCUCCCCGGCUGCCUCGCCCUCCCUCCGGAUUAAAAACGAGGCUGUGACGGGAGAGCUGUCCAAGCUGCUGAACGAGAUCAAGAUGUGCCGAGACAAAGAGUACUCCUUCGAGGACCUGUGCCAUACCAUCUCCUCACAUUCCAUGGAGAGCUUUGGCGGCGGCCGCCAUGUUGACGAGCAGCGUAAUGGAACUUUGACACGAGUCCACAAGCGACGCUCUCCUCCACUGGCCCCAGCUCCCGAGGAGGAUGAGAGCGAGAAGAGCUGUGGCCCAGCAGUUCUCUGGGAGGCGCUCACGCCCUGCAAUGGCUGCCGGAACUUGGGCUUCCCUGGAUUGUCUCAGUACCAGGACUCCAAGCAGCCUGCUGACAUCAUCCCCUCGCCGUCACUCGACGUCUUCCUGCCAGAGGACGAGGACAACCCAUUCGAAUUUGUCACCAAGGCCGUCACGCGCAAACCCUGCUCAUUGGACAUUGGCCGUCUGACCGGCUGCUCUGAGGAAGACGACUCCCCCCAUGUGACCAUCACAGAACCUGAUCUGCGUAACCAUGGGAACGGCUCUGCAGGGCCGACUCCAGACUGCUCGCCCCCCUCCCCCGACACGGCACUAAAGAACAUUGAGAAAGUGAUCCGCCCACAGCCGAAGCAGCGCAUGUCCCUGUCCUCGACCCAGGAGACGCAGCGGCCCAACCACAGCUACGACCCGUCGGAAGUGAGCUCUUCGCUGGGCUAUGCCAGCUUCAGCGCCAGCCCUCCCCUCAGCCCCGCCCUCAGCCCCGCCCCCGGCUCCGCCUUCAGCCCCGCUAACUACUCCAUUGGCUCCGCGGAAGACUGCGGCCUGGCAGAUGACGUGCCAGUUGAAGACGACUUCCGUGAAGGACACGUCCCAGACCAGUUUGCCGGGCUGCUGCAUGGUUCAUCGCCAGCCUGCGAGUCCCCCGACAACCCCUACCAGCUCUACGGAAAGGUGCGCAAGUUCAGUGCCCCUGAGCCUGGACCGGCACAUCACCACGGCAAUCUGCUGCAGGCUCCCGAACUGUGUACCCGCCUCCCCCGAACGGGCAGUGAAGCGUCCGCCCUGAAGGGUCCACGGGAGCCCAAACCGCAGGUUGUUUAUCGGACCAUCUUCCACACCCGUGUGAACCAGAACCAAACCCGGAACCAGAGCCGGAACGAGACGGAUCCAAAAAGUGGCUCCCCAGCUCGGUCAGGCUUGGAGGAGCGAGCGUGCACGCUCGGCAGGAUGCGUUCCGUGCCUAAGGACGUGCUGGACCUGCAGCUCUCCCGGAACUUCUCCAAGUCAGACUCCAACCUCAUCUCCGUGUCACCCAUCCAGGAGGAACGACGAGGCCAGCCUGGCACUGGCAGAACCAGCCCCAGCAGCCGGCUGGAGCGAACACCGUCCUUCACAGCAGAAUGGGAGGAGAUUGAUAAAAUCAUGAGCUCCAUUGGAGCCGGAAUCAGUACAGAGCUGGAGGAGAUCAAGGAAGACGCAUCAGGCCCCCGGUGCCCGGUGCAGUCUGUGGGCCAGUGGCUCGACAACAUCGGCCUGGUCCAGUAUGAGAACCACCUGCUCGCCAACGGGUUCGACAACGUCCAGUUUAUGGGCAGCAAUGUGGUGGAGGACCAGGACCUGCUGGAGAUCGGCAUUCUCAAUUCUGCACACAGACAGCGCCUCCUUCAGGCCAUCCGCCUCCUGCCGCGGGUGCGGCCAAUUGGCUAUGAUGGGAACAACCCAACGUCGGUGGCGGAGUGGCUGGAGUCUCUGGAGCUUGGUGACUACACCAAGUCUUUCCUCAUCAAUGGCUACACCUCAAUGGAGUUGGUCAAGAAGAUCUGGGAAAUUGAGCUCAUCAAUGUGUUGAAGAUCAGCUUGCUUGGACACCGAAAGCGUAUCCUGGCAUCCCUUGGAGACCGUCUCCACGACGACCCACCUCAGAAACCGCCCCGAGCCAUCUCCCUGAGAGAGCCCACCGGGAACCACACACCCCCGCAGCUGUCGCCCUCGCUCAGCCAGAGCGCCUACACCACCGCCGGCUCGCUGGACGUUCAGCACCUCAUGAUGCAGGCCGACGCCCGGCGCCGCCGCAACGACAACUACUUUGAUGAUGUGCCGCGAUCCAAGCUGGAGCGGCAGAUGGCGCAAGUGAGCAUGCAAGGCGAGUGGUGCGAACCAAUCACGUUGCGGCCACCCAAUGAGGCGACCUCAUCCACGCCGGUGCAGUACUGGCAGCACCACCCGGAGAAGCUCAUCUUCCAGUCAUGUGACUAUGAGGCCUAUUACCUGGGCUCCAUGCUGGUAAAGGAAUUGAGAGGAACGGAGUCCACACAGGACGUUUGCUCCAAAAUGAGAAAGUCCACCGAGCAGAUGAAGAAGAUCCCCACCAUUGUUCUCUCUGUCUCAUACAAAGGGGUGAAAUUCAUCGAUGCCACAAACAAGAACAUCAUCGCCGAACACGAGAUCCGUAACAUCUCCUGCGCAGCCCAGGACCCUGAGGAUCUCUCCACAUUCGCCUACAUCACCAAAGACCUCAAGUCCAGCCACCACUACUGCCAUGUGUUUACAGCCUUCGAUGUGAACCUGGCGUACGAGAUCAUCCUGACGCUGGGACAGGCAUUCGAGGUAGCCUAUCAGCUGGCACUGCAGGCGCGGAAGAGCGGGCAUGGCUCAUCCACGCUGCCCGAGAGCUUCGACAGCAAGCCAGCCAAGCCCAUCCCCAAGCCCCGCGUGAACAUCCGCAAGUCCAUGGAGCAGCCGUCCAUGGAUCAGAAAGGCCACGCCAACGUGCCGUGGAUAGUGGAGCCGGGGCAGGAGGCCAAGAGAGGAGUCAACACCAAGUAUGAGACCACUAUUUUCUAAUAUGCACCCACUGUCCACUCCUGUGUGUGUGUGCCUUUCAGAGCGCCCCCUAGAGGCCCCCCACGGAGCCGCAGGCCGAGUGACCUGUGACCUUUCUCACCGCCCGCCGUUAACUGUGGCCGCUGCAUGAUGACGCUGCCGCUGUCUCUCUCUCUCUCCCUCCGCCCCCCCAUACCACCCUUUCCCCGUUCCCCCUCCCCCCCUUCCCCCCGGCCCCGGCCUUCCUCCCGCGGGUGCGGUGAUGUCGCCGCAGCUGCAGACGCAUGAACGCUGCCCCAAGGGCGAGCCGCUCUGUUUCAGCCUGUAGGGGGCAGCGGUCAGCCCAGAGUCAGGCCUGCGUGUCGGUCCCCCCACUCUCAUUUUCUUGACAGUGAUGCAACUAUAUUCCUUUUUUUCCCCUCCUCCCGCCACCAGCCCUCGCUCCUCCUUACUGGACGUCCACCCAGCCUUUCCCGACCACCUGAAUGAGAAUUAAACCAUAAUGCUGCUAUGAGCUGAUACCUUACGGCCCCCUUUUUUUUGUCUGAAAAUCCUCCCCCUCCCCCCCCCGUCAUUAAGCUUUGCGCUUUGUCUUGUGGAGAGGGCUGACCUGUAGGGGGUGAAAAAAGGAGAGAGACCGGGGGGGUGGUUCCGAUGGGAUCCGCCAUGACGCUCGUUGUAGGGACGGACUGCUAGGUGACGUGUCUUGUCUGUGCACGAUGUAGCAGAUCUUCUUAAACUUGUGCCCGAGAAAAAACAAAAUCCAUCCCAUUAUUCUGUCCAUUGGGUUUUAAGUCACUCCCCACCUCCAUACGGUUUGAGCGACAUUCUUCAGCAGCCACUGUCUUGUGUACUAGAGACGAAUUCUCCAUUAAUCUGCAUCUUUCCCAUUGGAGAGAGAAGGCUGGCAUGUGGCACAUGUGAGAGGGACCCUGUCGAUUCUGUCCCGCGUUGACAGUAACUGCAAGCAGAACGAGCACUUUGUAUCAGAGUUAAUACGGAGAGAAAGUGUUUUACAAUGAAACAAUGAAAGAAAUGUUUUUGUUUUCUUAAAAAAAAAAAGAAAAAAAAAAAACAGAAAAAAAAUUUAACACGCAAACUGUGUAAGUUGCGAUGCGCCGUGUGACUUAUCGGGCGCAUGAUGUCCGCGUUGGCCUGGUGACGAGGGGUGUGGCCAGCAGGAGAGGCGGAGCUGUGGGAGGAGCCUCUGGAUAAGUCAUGUGAUCUCCUUUACAGGGCAGUGCCGGACGCUCAUGUCUUUUACUGUGGAAUGCAAAGAAUGUAGCCAGCCCCCGCUAAACACGGACCCCUUCUCAGAGACACGCUGUUAAAGGCACCCCCCCCAGCCCUGCCAAUCACGGACCCUGUCUCACACGCAGUUCUGGCGGACCGCAGAGCUUGCUGAGCAUCAUUCAUAGCAGAAUGUACACUUUUGCAGAAGUCAUCGCUGCCAUGGCAACAACUGUCACCGGUGUGGUGGGGAGGGGAGGCGGGGAGGAUUCCCUCACGGGGCGUGACCUGUGACCCUUGCUGGGAAGAGCUGGGGAGGAGGGCUGGGGGGGGGGUGGGAUGGCUGAAAGACAGGAAGCAAGGCACACCCCUGAGCACCUACAAAAACAGUUGAGGAGUGGGUUGGAUUGGGAGGGGCGGGGGGGCGGACACACAAACAGCGAAAUCGCCGCAGGAUAAAGGACUUGUGGUUUUGCCUUUUCUUGUUUUGCUUUUUUUCCCCUGUUUGCUGUUCGUUUCAGUCUUUGUGGCCAAGACCACAGUAUUAUUAUGCACAAUGUGAGCGGACUGGCAUGCCGGGCUGGUGUGGGUCAGCCUCGUCAGGGAGGCGGCGUGCUGAGGGGGCCUGCCACCUGCAUCAGUGUUCCCAUUGCCAGACGUCUGAAAUGCUUAAUAUAGGACUAUUAUUACGAUGAUUAUUAUGAUACUACCAUUAAUAUUAUUACUAUUCUUAUUGUGCAAUUAUGGUCUAAUGUUGUCUUAAUGUUACAUUAUUUUUAUAUGAUAUGCUGAACUAAAGCUGGGCUUUAAAAAGAAGCCGUCGAAAAAAGAUUAAAAAGACACAAACUGCAGCCCUGAAUGUGUGGACGGGCUCCGUUUGAAAAUACAUUGUGUCAUUUAUCGUGGGGCUAAAACUCAGUUUCAGUCAGAUGUAAUAUUUUACCACAGUAUUACUGUACUAGAAUUUAAAAAAGAAACGUCCUCAUGUAAAUAGAUAUUUUGCCAAUUCAUUGUUCAUACAUGUAAUGUAGUAAGAUUCGCAGUACAUCGCACUGGAAAUACGGUACCAAAUUUUGAGAGAAACACCAUGAGGUGAUAUAAAGAGCGGAGAGAUUUAUGAGGGCCAGCGAAUGGGAACCUCGCUGCAGACUAACACCUGUAUAUAAGCUCGGGCUUCCAGUACACAGAUUUUGUAAUUUUAUUCAUUAUUUAUAUCCUUGUAAAGCACAUGAAAUAAACAUGACUUGUACAGUCAUCAACUCCCA